CACAAAAUAUAAUUAAGUUGGGAAGAAUAUAUAAUUUCUAGCAGGGAGAGAGUGGCGACGUUCGAAACCACCGCCGCCGCCACCAUGUCACGGAGGCUGUCACCGCCGGUGAUACCAGACGAACUCAUCUACGAGAUCCUUCUGAAGCUUCCAGUGGAAUCCCUUUGGCGACUCAGGCGCGUAUGCAAAACAUGGAAAACCCUAAUUUCCCACCCCCAAUUUGCUAAAGAUCACUUUCACACCUCAAUCUCAGUGAAUGACAAGUACAAGGUGCUAGCAUUUGGCGUUGGUUCGGGUUUUUCUAAAUUCGUGCCUACACUUUAUACCUUUGGUGAAAGGGAAAGUAAUUGGAGGACAAUGAUUCAGGAUCUCCCGUUUACCAGUUGUAUCAGGGGCUUGCGUCAGACAUUUGUGAAUGGUAAUCUGCAUUGGCUGAUUAAAAGUGGUCAUGAUUCUGAUAAAUUGGUGAUUAUUUCUUUUGACGUGGAAAAAGAGACUCAUGGUGAAGUGUUGCUACCUCCUGAGCUAGAGGGUGGAUUUUGGAGUCUUCACCUGUUUGUCUCCAAUAAGCAUCUUUAUGUGGGGCACCGUUCUUACAACACUUGUUUUGUUCUUUGGUUGAUGAAAGACUAUGGAGUUCAGGAGUCUUGGACUAAAGUAAUGACGAUCCCUCUCAACUCUGAAUACUGUAUUUGUAGAUGCAAUGCUACUCAUCAUCUUCGUCCCUUGUGCAUUUUCGAAAAUGGUGUUGUUGUUCUUAGAACUACAUGUUCCAAUUCCUAUUUAGCUACGUAUGACUCAAAUAAUGGCAAAUUCAAACGUCAUUAUUGUGGGAAUACGCGAAAUCAAAGUAAGUGGUGUGGAGGGAUUUAUCAUGAGAGUCUAGUUUCACCACCAUGAUCUGUUGCAUUUGUGGAGUCUUCCCGAGCUUUGCAUAUAGCUUAUUGUGCGUCAUAAUUUUUAAGCUUAUAACUUAAUUAUCAUAGAAUACAUGGUGUUAGUUGUUUUGGUGAAGCCUCUUUAUUGGAUUUUUUUUUGCUUAUAUCUCUUUGUUUUGAAUUAUUGAUGGUUGGAUCGAUACUUGGAUUUACCUUAUAUUUUGUAGUGAUCUUUGAAUUCUAUUCUAAUUAGAAAGAUUAUUGUUGAGUAUUA